GUAUCAUUCGUGCAUGGAUUGAUCGGCCCGUGUGUUUCCUUAGAUACAGCGUGUUCGUCAUCUCUCGUGGCAUCUCAUAUCGCAAUUUAUUCGCUUUGGAAUCAGUGUCUCUUCGCAGCCAUAGUCGGUACGAAUAUAUUGUCAGAGCAAGCUAAUGGAAUAAUCGCAAACGCUGGGAUGCUAUCUGCCUUGGGACGCUGUCACGCAUUCGAUAAUCGUGGAGAUGGGUACUGUCGUGGCGAGGGGUGUGGCGCUUUUUUAGCGGGCUCGGAGAUACUGGAAAACUCCAUUAUCAGUAUCGCAGUACAACAGGAUGGGCAAAGCGCGAGCCUGACGGCACCAAGUGGAUCAUCACAGCGACGACUGAUUAGGGCUAUACCUGAUUAA